AGAUGAAAACGAUUUACCAAGAAGAUCUCAAUCUGCCAGCCGUUCGGGCCCUCGCAAGUCGGAGCCAAGUUCAAAUCUCGAGGAUCGAAUAAGAUCUAUGUACUUGAAUGAAUCUACCCCUCCGAGCACUCCCCCGACUAAAAGAAACAAGAAGCCUCGAAAAUCGGAACCAACAUUGUCAUCUACCUCCUUUGGUAAAUGCGUUUUUCUUUUUCCAUUUGUGUGAUGACCAUACCUUUUUCAGGGUCUGAUCCUCCGAAUUCAAGUUUUCUGAGAGACGCAGGAACUCCGACCGGAAACCGACUCAACUCUGCAAAGCUAGAGCAGGAUGCAUUGAAGCUAUUCGAUGAACCCCGAUCUCACGACUACCAGAAAUUCGACACGGCAUUGGGAUACUCAAACUACACACUGAAGUUACAUCAGGCUUACGCUCGACCAUGGAUGGCAGGCCGGGAGAGUGAUGGUAGGAAUGGCGGUAUCGUGGCGGAUGAGAUGGGUCUUGGAAAAACCUUACAGAUGCUUGUUCGCAUCAAAGAAGAUACGUUAAGAACGAUUGCGCGAAGGGAAACCGUGCGCCCGACCCUUAUUGUUGGACCGAAAUCUAUCCUCCUGCAGUGGGACGAAGAGAUUCGGCGCUUCUUUCUACCUAACGAGGGAUUGACUUGUAUCAUAUAUCAUGGUCAUAAUCGGGAAUCCAAAUACACUCUGACAGAUCUCGAGCGAACCGAUAUAGUGCUUACUACCUACGGAGUUCUGACUAUCGAUCACCAGUCUACUGAAGCUAGCAAGUGGAAAAAAUUAUACGGCCUGUUCGGAGUACAACCUUGGCGUCGCAUUGUAUUAGACGAGGCGCACGAGAUCCGGAACGCCAGUACACAGAAAGCCAAAGCCGCCUUUGCUGUGAAUGCGGAAUUUAAAUGGUGCUUGACUGGGACUCCGCUGCAGAACAAGAUUCGCGAUCUUUUUUCCCUGUUUCAUCUACUUCGUGUCGAGAACUUUUCGGACGAUGGCUGGUUCAAGAGCAAUAUCGAAUUGCCAAUCACGAAAAAUACCCUGGAUUCCCUGAAAGCUCAAAAAUUGCUGAAGAUUGCCCUCGGUAACACCAUGCUACGGCGACUAAAAACUGAUGAAGUCAAUGGUCAACCCAUCCUUGUACUUCCAGAGCUCCGAAUUACAAUCUGGGAUUGUGAUCUUUCACCGUCGGAAAGAGAAUUUUACGAUGCUCUUGAAGCGCGAAUGCAAGAUAUUCUCGAGAGUCUGAUAAGCCAGCUAGAACGGGGUGACAUCCGCUUUUACAGUGCUGCUUGGGUACUUCUUUUGCGUCUACGGCAAGCUUGUAUACACCCUGCUCUACUAGUGCAAAAUCUCGAGCGUGCUGUUGAAGAUGUCGGUGCAAAAGAUGAACGUGACGUUUUGAAAGAGGACAACAGAUGCCCAUUGUGCAGAAAUCGGAAUGAGUCGACUGCGCAUAAGAAAGCAUGCGGGCGAUACAUCGAGAUGGCCAAAUAUCUUUCAAAAACCCAACCUUCGACAAAAAUCACCAUCACUCUCAACAUCUUGCGCGAAAUCAAAGCUCGACCUGGAAAGGAGAAAACAAUAAUCUUCUCCCAGUUUACCUCAAUGCUGAAUCUCAUCGAGCCCUUCCUACAAAGACAGGGUAUACGUUUCUCCCGACUCGACGGAACGAUGGAUAUGAACAAGCGCAAGGAGAAACUGAAGGCGAUCAAAACUGACCCCAACGUCACUGUCAUAUUGGUGUCAUUAAUGGCAGGAGGGACAGGACUUAAUCUCACAGAAUGCAACAAUGUCAUCCUGUUUGAUUUGUGGUGGAAUCCUGCUGUUGAAGAGCAGGCUUUUGCUCGUGCACAUCGCAUGGGACAAACUAGGACCGUCAACGUUUACAAGCUCGUUACGAAGGACACCGUUGAAAGACGAAUUAUGGAACUACAGGACAAAAAGAAGAAGCUUGCAAUGGAAACAUUAGAUCAGGGUGAGAUCGAGAAUAUGAAGAAACUAUCGAAGGACGAAAUUUUGCGUUUGUUGGCUUGUCAUAUUUAGAAUAUCUGAUUAAUGGCAAGAAGUCUGAAGGUUGAUAUAAUUCUAUGUGUGGGAAGGUAGGUAUGGUAUGGAAGCAGAAAUCUAUCUCUAUGUUUUGGAUAAAGCUACAACACACGAAGCAAACGGAAAGGACAGUGAGUGGGUUAUUGCACAAAGGGUAUGAGCAGACAGGUGACAACAUUUGAAA